AUGGCCGAGCGUCGCCAGUCCUCACGCAGCAGCACCAGCCGAUACCGCACGCGGAGCUCCAGCACGCCGCCCAGCAAGCGGUCGCUGGGCUUCAGCACUCCUUCCGCCUCCAGCGCUGUGAGCCCUCCCAGCCUCUCACCGACCCACGACGAGCUCUCAACUGACCGUGUCUUGACCUUCUUGCAGAGCGCACAAGACCGCAACGUGCCUGUUCGGUUCGGCAAAUGGAGCUUAGAGGAGGACGCGUACUUGGCCAAGCUCAUCUGGCUCUUCGAGAACGGGUUACUGGUCGACAUCGAGCACAAGAUGUCGUUGCGUUCGUUCCUGGCGCUCAUGCUCGACUGUUGCCCCAUGCGCAUCUCCAAGAAGCAAAUGCACGGCCACAAGUUCGUGGGGAAGACCAAAUACGUGCGUCGCAACACCCAAAUGACGCAAAAAGAGUACGACAAGCUCUGUCAAGAGGUUUCGACGCUUCGACACGCCUUCAUCAAGGCUUGGGCCCGGGACGAGUACGACCGACGCAGCAACAGAGCCAAAGAGGACGCCACGAGUUUCCAGAACUGGUACGACAGAGCUGUGAGUCUUGUACCCAUGCCCAAGCUGGCAAAGAGACCGAAUCUCAAGGAAUACAAGAGGAAACGUCACAUUGAGCCACUGGAUGAGGUCGAGACGCACGUGCAGAGCACCAAGAGACAGCAAGUCGAGAAAACGUCAACGAUUCGACCGGUACAGGCAGCUGUGGACCACCUAGAGCGUGAGGAUGCACCACAGGUGGAGAUGCUGGAGCCAGUGGAGAUUCUGCCCCUGGAACCAGCUCCAAUCCCUGACAGUACAGUAGUGACGGCUCUGCCGACUUCGUACUGCAGUGAAACAGUGAAUAUGGGGGACUGGCUGGCCAAUUUGGAUCGUGGCCGCACGGUAACGCAGUGGACGGAUUUCCAGACUGUCAAUCACGUCGGAGAGACUCGAUACACUUUGUGUGAAGACGCAGUGCAAGUUUCUUUGCAUUUGAGCGACCAACAACCUUCAAUGGCUGGAUUAUCCAUUGAGCGUCGAUCUUCCAGACUGAUUAUUGACUUUGGAGCGCCGAGCUGCUGGUCCAUGGACGAAGAAUCCAAGCACGAGCCGUCAUGUGACUACUCGGAGUGGGCAGAUCAUGAUCUGGCCGAAGAAUUGGCAAUGACAACAGAUCCUGGCAUCUUUGGCUGGGACGACGCGUCCUCGCUCCCCCACUUGGCGUACAACCCGACGGUGAAUUUCCUGUGA